GAAAUUACCAGAAACAAAGGCACUUUAUGCUAGCCCUAAAGGAAAACAUAAAGCUAAAGAUGGUUUGAAGCAAAGAGAGAAUGAAGGUCUUCCCAUAUUAGAUGCAUCCAAGAAGGGCAAAAUAGGUUUAAAGUGGAGUUUAUCGUGAAAUACAACAGACCGUGUGAUAAGUGUACACAGUCAAAUUUGCCACUACCGUACAAGUGAUAUAAGUAAGGCAAAGUGUCUCUUAUUGUGUAUCAUUAACAACAGAGAAGAACUCCAGUGAACAGAUCCUAUACGCUCCUCAUAUUUGCCUGAUGCCCAGCCCAUGCCUUUAUUACAAAACAGGGUUCCCCCGAACAGGAGCUAUUGGGCAUCUCCGUCAGGAGCUGAAUGGGUAUCUUGUGAAUUCAAGCAUCUGAACGGACUUCUGAUGGGCAGAGAGCAAAAUAGUGCUCUUUCAAUUCUGAAUAGGGGUGAGAGGGGACUGAAGUUUCUCACGCACCAGCUCUUCCAGGAAAAAAAAAAAAAAAAGUAAGGACACAAGUCCCAAAUUCACAAAUCAGACAACUUGCCUGAAAUAUCGAUAGUAUAAUUGGUUGGAUUGUUUUCCUUUACAUUUGCAUACGCAAUACAACUCAUAAAGGAGUAAGGUAGGACUUGAAUCACAGCAACAUUUUAGUGUCUGACUUCUGUUGGUUCAGUGAUGAUAAAAUGCCCAAAUACUUCUCUGGGUUGGACAUAAAUGACACUCUAAUUCCUGGAUUUGGCAAAAUGCCCUUACUGAGGUAACAGCACUGGCAGUUCCCAGAGGGCUCUUGGGCAUGUAAAGGCCAGGCGUUGUUUUUGGAAAAGCAGCAAAUACCUUUUCAUUUGAAUCACAGCAAUUCUUACUUUUCAUUCCCUGCAGGUGCCCUGCCAGAAUACCUUUGCCCCCAAAGCAUGUUGCAUCAUCGUUUUUUAGGAUGCUCUUACUACUGCAUUUCUGUGUGAAGCCGCUUAUGACUGGCCUGUCGUUACAAAUAGUCCCGCUGGUUAUUCAGGCUAGUUAGUACCAGGCUAGCUGUAGAGAUCCUAGCUUUUGGUAAGUAUUCUUCUGUGGCAACAGCAUUGUAAAACAUGCCACAAAGAUGAUGUUUUCCAUGCCAGAUCACAGAGAAGCACCCACAGCGUUUGAGGCAUGGCUGAGAGCUGCAUUGCUCUCAAACUCUGCUAAGGUUGAGCCUGUGUUUGAGCCUCUGCUAGGCUGUGAAAUGAAAAUUUCCAGUUACUCUUCCCAGUUGGGCGAGUAGGCUCUCAAACAGGACCUGGGUUUUUUGUUUUAAACCUACACACAAAGCCCCCGGAAAGCGGGCAGAGCAGAAUCCACCCCAUGGGGAUGGUCACAAGGCUCCCCAAAUGGAGGGCCAGUGCGGUGCCAGGAGGGGAGCACAGCACGCUGGAGGUCCCAUCUCCCUCCCUACGCCCCAAGCUGGCCAUCCCCCUGCGAACACGGGCCACCAGCUCCCACCGCUCAGCUACACCCCAGCUUCCCUCCUAGAGCAAGCAGGGAGGCUGUUGGUCACCUCUGAGUGUUUCCAGGCGAGCUCUCUGUGUCUGACGGCGCACCCGGCGGCUUGGGAGCAAUGGUAAUAAAGACAGGUAGGGAGAUCCUGCCGCCGUGGCGUUAAUGAUCUGGGGUAGACCUUGGACCGCUCUCCCGGUUGUCAGGGGAACAGCAUGGGUUGCCGGCCUGUGAAGACAUAAAAGAGCAGCAGCGGGUGGGAGAGGAGGCACUGCCGGCUGCCCCACAAGCUGACCCCGCUCCCAGCCGCAGCCGAGCAUCCCGGACUCCGCAAGCUCGGCCAGGCGAGAAGCCAGGCAGUGACAAACCCAUCCGCCGGCAUCCGGAGAAAGAACACUUUCAAGGACUGAUGAACAUUGGGUAUAAGCUUGGACAAGAACAACUGUCUAAAACAGCUGAAUUGAGCAAUUAUAUGGAAGUAAAAUGCAGACCAGCUCCUACUUAGCUUGAGCUUCUGUAGACAAUGGAGUUACUCUUUGCACCAGAACCAUACACAAAGGCAGUGAGAAGAAGACGAUAGCAAGUAUUUCUGGAGAUAACAUUUCCUGGAAUGCCAAGAUUUAGGAUUUUGUUUGUAUUUUGAUGGACGAAGCCCAAAUGCUAUCAGCUAAGCUAAACUUGAAAGAGAAUUUUCUUUGGUUGGCUGCAAGACAGUAGAGAACUAAAGGAUCUCCGCUCUUCAGUAGGUAAAGCCAAGUGAUAUAAUUCACUGAGUAAAAGGAGGAGACACUUGGCAGCUUGGCACCAGUACUAAUGAAGCCAAUACCCUUCUCUGCUUUCUCCUUUUGGCUGGCUCUCAUUUUGGCCGGCUUCCUUGGCAUACACAUCACUGGCAGUUUUGUGAGAAGUCAGAAGAACCACACGCUAAUUUUCACCAAGGAAAACACAAUUCGCAACUGCAGCUGCUCGGCGGAUAUCCGUGAUUGUGAUUACUGCCUGGCAAACUUGAUGUGCAAUUGCAAAACGGUGUUGCCUUCUACCAUGGAAAAAACUACCUACAAUAACCACCUGACCAUUUGGUUCACAGACACCUCCCUGCUGGAGAUGCUCCUCAACUUCACAAGGGUGUGGGAUUUGAAGCUGUCCUUCUGUGGCACCACUCCUCUCCCAACAGAAUACUUGGCCAUUUGGGGACUUAGAAAGCUCCGGGUAAAUAAGGUCAAGGGACGAUUUCCAGAGCAGAGCGUAACCAUCUCUAGCAGCAGCAACAACGAAAAAGAAGACUCACUUGCACUGCACAACAAAGACAGGCAAAUGCUUGCAUAUAUUUCUUUUCUGGAUACCUCGCUUUUCAAUGGAUAUUCUUUGCUGAAGUCAUACAGUGUGGAAAACGUCUCUAGUAUCACGGAGCACUUUCCCAGCCUGUUGUACUCUGAUGUUUUCUCAACCCCAGAUAACAAGAGCUAUGUUGUAACAUUCAUUUACUGAGUUAUUUAACAUAUUCAGUAGUCGGAGGCACGGCAAACUGCUAAGAGAGAGAUGGGACUUCUUUUAAGUCUGUUUGGUUUGGCCAGGAGAAGCUGUUAUGGGAUGAACAGUUCUGACUGCAAUAGCACUCUACAAGGAGGUGCUUAAAGUAAGACAGACUCAUCAGACUGAUUCAGUAAAUGCUUUCUUGAACAAAGAAAAUGUGAAACAACUGUUUUAGAAAGCAUCAGUACAAAUUAUUUUUAUACAUUGUAAGCUAAGAAUUGAAAUCUGCAGAUAAAUUUUGUUUCAAGCUUGUGCCUCAGACAGAAAAAGUCAUAACCAUGUACCGCCAGUUGUAGAAGAACCUGAGCCUCCUGGUGAAUCACUCGGGUUAGUGGGCAGCCUGGGAGGUCUCCAGUCCAACCACCUGCCCCAAGCAGGACCACCUCUGGAAUCAGACCAGGCAGCUCAGAGUUUUCUGCAGUCGGGUCCUGAAGACCCCCAAGGAUGGAACCUGCACAACCUCAUUGGGCAACCUGCUCCACUGCCUGCCUGUCCUCAUGGGGAAACUUUUUUUCAUGUAUUAACCCCAGCCUUCCCUUCUCCAGGCUGACCAAACCCAGUUCCCUCACACUUUUCUCACAGCCACAUGCGCCAGCCCCUGACCAUCUUGGUGGCUCUCCACCAGACCACUUCAGUUGAUCCACAUCCUUCUUGCACUGGGGGGGCCAAAACUGCAUGCAGUACUCCAAAUGCAGUCUUGUAAGUGCCGGGACAAGGGGAAUAAUCUCUUCCCUCCAUCUACUGGCUAUGUCCCUGCCUAUACAGCCCACUGCUGUCAGGUUCAAGGGGUGCGAGGUGGUUACAGGUUACUCAGACUGGGAGUGCUGAGCUGUCCUUGUCCUCUGCUACUCAGUCAGAGCUGGGAACCCUCUGCUCAGGCUGGGUGACGCAGCCUCUUACAAAAGCAGGGACGGGCAAUGCAGGCAGCCUCCAACCUAAGCGCAAAGUCAAAGGUGUGUUUGGGGGAUGACCAGGAAGCUGUGACCUCUGCCAAGCCACAGCACACAUCAUGGGAAAGCACUGGGCAAAGAGGCCACCUCACAGGUGAGACACCAUACUCACAAACGUGUUUUUUCCCAGGGACAGGCCCGUCUCUUGCACAUUGAGUGUGCUGAUGACUGCAAUUUCCCCAAAUGCAGGGAACCUGACUUCAUCUUUUGUGAUAAUCUGCUCAUGUUCUCCCCUGUGAGAAAGGAGAAAGACCCCAUCCAACGACUCUUGUCUGAUAAGGAAAGCAAGGCUUCUGGCAGACAUGUCACAAACAAUUUUCAGACAUGUUGCGGGAGAAAGAUUGCCACCCCCACAUCGGGACUAUUUAUAUAGCCCAAAGUCUGUUCCUUGCCCAUGUCUGCAGGAUUUGCAUUCUAUGAGAUACGAUUAAGGCCAGGAUCCAUCCAUACAGUACAAUAAAGGCUUCGGAACAGCAAGUCCUAGCAGUCUUGCAUUGCCAGCAAAGGAUUACAUGAAAUUGGGAUAAAAUACGUGUACUGAAGGGAACGGCUAUCAAGAUUCUAAGGAACCAGUGAAUUUGCUUCAACAACUUUAAAGAAAGACUUUUUCUAUAACUGUAAUCAAUGACAGAUCAGUUUUGCUAGGAAGCAAAACUUAAUUUUUCAGCAUACUUAAAUACAUGCACACCUUCUAUUACUGUGAGCUUUCCCACUGAAAUCAACAAUGCAGUAACUAUUGAAUUAAUGGGGUCUAUUUGCAAUUGCAAAUUAACAGAUUUAAGCAUGUGGAUGUUUGAAGGCUAGGGAACUGAACUCAAUUUAACUCAACCAGAGAGCUAUUAAAUCAGCUGCUGCAAAGACGCUGUUUCCUUUGUCAGCAUCUUGGCAACAAACUGUAAGCCUCCUCUCCAAAUCACAAAUAUUUCUAAUGAUACCUCUCACGAUUGUGUCACAGGUUACAAAAUGGUUAGGAACUGGAGCUGGGCUAACACAGAUUGGCAGGGGAGUGCGUGUGUGUGUGCGUGCGCGUUACACGCCUGGAAGGUAUUAUAGACACAGGCAAAUAAUUCAUAUUGUCUGCUCCAAUUGUCUGUGCAAAAGUACUAACCUUGCCUUCACAGACUGGCAAGUCACUAAUCCUGCACAGCAUAGUGUUGUAAAAAAAAAAAAUAAAAUACAGCUGUCACACACAAAUGUAUUGAUUUCUAAAUGUUACCAACCCUCUCUUUAAAAUCUGGGAAAAUCAAACUGAAAUGAUCUUCAGCGAAUUCACUGAGGCUCUGCUGCCCUCUAGUAAAAAAUGUGCUGAAUAACACAGUACUUCCACAUUGCCAAGACAGCACUGGUUGGCUGCUGCUAUCGCUCAAAUUUCACACCUGCAGCAGUAACUGAGAAUGUAUGUAUUCUGGCCUUGUUGGGAAGAAACCAUGAAAUUAAUAAAUCCAUGGGCUUUCUAGCACUGCAAAUCACAGUUUUGGUUACUUUUGCCACUGUAGUGUUUUAAAUAAGGCUGACGUAAAAGACCUUUUAUUUCCAUGCCCAAGUAAGCAUGGCAGAGAUUUUCCUGGAAUCAGGCAAGAAUUCUCCUCUUGAUUACUGCACAGCAGAAAUCCACAGCACCGAUACUGAAGUGAUCUUUUCAACUCUGAUGUUCUUUUCUAGCAGAUACCAAGAACCUGAUUCUCACAAUUUCAAUUUUAUAUGUCUUUGCCACAUUAAAGUACUGCAUUAGAACCUUGCAGAAUUUCUUCAGAGCAAUGCAUACAAAAUAUAUACCACAUAGAUGGCACAUUUUAUUAGUUCUGUUGGUGGAACUUUGUUUUGUCUGCAUAUAAACUACACACAGUUGUACAUUAAGCAUCACUUUGCAGAAAUAAUUACGUGAUUUUAUGAAUCUGUUUUAAAUCACAGUGUAAGAUACUCAUGCUUAACCACACUCAAAACCCUACAGUAUUUUAUAUUUACAGCAAUUAAUAUUUACAUACACAAUGGUUUCAUUCUCCACACAUCAGGUUCAACCUGUGUUUGUCAGUCUUUAACCUGGACGCAUCACUAUUGCAUAUGCCAAUGAAUGGAAACCGAGCUGGUUUUUUUGCAUCAGAAAAAAAAUUGAAAGAAGAGCUGAAAAUUUACAGUUUUCCUUUCUACUAGUAACUCUGGUGUGUCUUUGGGAAGUCAAUACAGACUGAGAACAAGCACAAAAGUAAUGCGAUGCUUUCUAUGGGAGAUCUUGCCACAGUGAGAGGCUGCAGGAGACCAGCCAGGCCCCCUGCACGUCCUCCUGGGCAGACUACCAACAUGGCUGGCAAAGCCGGGCUGCAAGGGAGUCUGGUCCUCCUGAUAUGGCGGGAAGGCUGGAAAGAGGUCCUUCCAGCUCCCAAUACUUGUACCUGGAAAGACUGUCUUUAAAAAGGCCACCAAACUAGCAGUUUUUCUUUCAGUCAACACAACAGACACUAAGACCGGCUCGACUGACUUCUCAGGAUGCUCCCAGCCUAAACCGAACCCCGCAGAUGCCACAUGAAAGACGCCACCGUUUAUCACUAGCGAAGAGGACAACCACGUUACCUCCCCCCCUCUACGCCAGAAGCCAAGAUUUCCUCAGCGAGGGCGCGGGGUCUUUCCCGCAGAGGCUGUGCUGAGCCGGGGAGCGAGACCCGGCUGAGGCGACCACCCUGGCCGCUGCCUGUGGAAAACAAGACCCCAGCGGCGGAGGUGGGGAGGCGGAAGCUCGGCACCCCCCUUUACCCCGUGUGGCACGACAUCACCCGCUCUCCCGCCAUGGCGCACUCCCCCAGGGGCCGCGCACACCACCUCCUCCCGCCCCGCUCCCCGUCUCGACACAAGAUGGCGGCAGCGGCGGCCGCUGGGAAAGGAAGGG